AUGUCAGAACCGCGUACAAGAGUUCCUAGACCUAACGAUCAGGCGAGUGAUUUGGGAUAUAAAUCUGAGAAACUAUACCAACUAGCGAAAAGUCGUGCGGGUUAUAUUGGCGUAAUUACGAAAGUUUAUAAAGAAAUUUCCGAUAUGAUUGCUUACAAUAAUUUUAUAGUGGGCUACAUUUCGUUGAAAUUGAAUAAGUUUGACCAAGCUUGGUGCGAAUUUGUCGGGGUACAUGAGAAAUAUCUCGUUUUAAUAGAGCAUGAGACUGAGAAAGAAAGUGCUUGUGUUAGCUACGAAGAGCAAAGAAAACGCAAAUUGAAUCUCGAUGCCAUGGUAACAGAAUGGCGUCAGUAG